CGCAAACACCGACUAUCGGAAUCUCCGUCACCUACGGUUUUCUCAUACUCGUUCAAGCAACCUCUGGGCAAGCUUCAAGCAAGCCCGACCGGCCAGCCAGGCGGAGCGAAGCGAAGCAAUGUAUAAUAGGAGUUGUGUGAGUUCAAUAGCCAACCAUAUGACGAAGCCUGGCCGAGAACUUACCUGUCAUGACCGAAUCCACGCCGGGUACCCGCACGAGCCUCGUUGUGAACUUACGCAGACUCGUGCGAACCUGUUUAGCUAUAGGGAGGUAAAUGCCUGCGCAAGAUUGAUGCUUGGUCAGACUCGCAUGGCGCCUAGGUUGACAUAGAGACGAAGCUGCGGCAGCUGAACAAGCCUGAGGGUGGACAUCGGAAAUUUUAAAGCAGUUCAAUAUAUAACCCAUCGCGUUGGACUGUAUGCCUAUCCAUAUCAACCCCACGACUAAAGAACAUGAAGGUCCUCGUCGUAGGUGCAUCUGGCUUCAUUGGGUUGCCAGUCGCACAAGCGCUAGUGCGCGCCGGGCAUGUUGUGUACGGUGUAACUCGUUUGGAAAGCAAGGCGAAGGCGCUGGCAGCGGAGGAAAUCAUUCCUAUCGUCGCACCCGUCGAGGACCCCUCCAUCUGGCUGCCGCAGGUGGCGACUCUGGAUGUGGUGAUCGAAGCGAUAGGCGGCCCGGACGUCAAGGUGCUCUCGGAGAAACUCCUCAACGCUGUCACGGAGGCUGCAACGCAGUAUCGCCCACCUUCCGCACCAAAGCUCGCCUACAUCUACACCUCGGGGUCGUGGGUCCACGGCAGUAGCCGCAAGCACAUCAUUAGCGACACGACACCAAUUACGCAGUCCGUGGAUCUCGUUGCGUGGCGGCCGUCGCUCGAGCAGAGGGUCGUAACAAACCCAUACCUGAACGGUAUCGUCGUUCGCCCUGCGCUCUUGUACGGUCGCUCGGCCUCCGUCCUUGGCAUGUUGUUCAAGACGGCACACGAAGGGAAAGUCAAAUGGUUUGGUACGCCGGGAGGUCGUUACUCAACUAUUCACCAAGAUGACCUCGGAGAGCUGUAUCGCCUGGCUGCCGAGAAGGCAGCUAUCGUCGGAGGGCAGCUGUUCGACGCAGCAAACGACUCCAGUGAGAGCGUUGACGACAUUCUGCAGAGGCUCGUCGAGGUGUCCGGUGCCCAAGGCUACGAAUAUAUUCCGCCCACAAACCUCUUCGAGAAGGCUAUCGCCACGACAUCAUUACUCCUGCGCCCGUAUCUCGCUCGCAGCCUUCUUGGAUGGCAGCCACGCAAGGCCGGCUUGGUCGACCACCUGGAGAUCUACUACGAUGCAUGGAAAGCAACGGCUGAGUCUGCGACACUUGAAUCGGAUUUCAUCGGUUGAUCUGGUCGAUGUUUCGACAGGAACACUCGAGAUCAGGAUCUUCUUCGAGUAUCGGUCAAGUUGUAGGAUGGAGUAGGCAGAGCAGGGACGUCAGUGUACACAUAGCCAAAGUGAAUCAGGUUGAACGAAUUCGUUUGAGUUAGGUGCCAGGACUAGAAUGGAAGCGGAAGUCUCUUGUAGGACCGUCGUCUAAGGGUGGUUGAGAGAACGAUACACUUCCUCAACAUGAGACUCGGUCAG